AUGAUCUUCUCCGCACUAUCUACGGUUUUCCUCGGCUUGGUAGUCAGCAUCCCUAAUGUCGCAGCUGGUCCUUGCAAGCCAGGAUCGACUCAAUCACUCGACGAACAAACCUCAACAGCCACCGCGACAACUCGUGCUGUCGACAUUACAACCACAGUUUUGAGCUCAGUUCCCACCACAACAAGCCAAGAGUCAACAAGUCUCCUAGCAGUGACGACCACAGUCGCUGCACCCGAGGUCUUUGCCGGCGGACAGGCUACGUUUUAUUUUCAAAACGGAAACUAUGCCCAGUGCGGGGGAAGACACACGGAUGAUGAGCUUGUUGUGGCUCUUGACUAUCGAAGGUUCGACAUGAGCCUUUGCGGCCGAAAGCUCCGUGUCACCAACGGCAUGAAUGGUAGAGCUGUCGAUGUCACUGUCAUUGAAGCGUGUCCAACAUGCUUGAAUGCGAAUUCGCUGGAUAUGUCUGUAGAGGCGUUCAGACGGAUUGGUAGUUUGUCAGAUGGAUCCUAUGUUGUAACUUGGAGUUACAUCUAG